UGAAAAUCUAAAUUUUUCACUAAUCAACGGAUUUUUGGCGAUUCUAAUGUGUGGGUUUUUUUUAAUUCUACGGAUAUUUUUCAUACGAAAUCUUUUCAUUAUAGUCAAUUUCAUUCUUUAUUUGAAUUUUUCUCUCUGGAGCUAUGACGCCUAAAAAGAAUCGAAGCGCCAAUCAAAGUGUACGGGAACUUUUGCACGACCCUGUAUAUACGAACAAUUUGCAGAGAACAGUCUGAACCAUGGAGUAGAGAGUGUAACUAGAUCCCUCAACGUAUCACGCGUGUCUCGUCCGGUCCGCUGUUGCGACUCUGUCAAUGAAUGGGAUUCGAGCGGAGUGGAGCCUCUAGUUACACACUAUCAUAUCGAAACGCAGGUCAUGCCACGUCAAUCUACGGAUUAACGAUGGAGAUAUGGGCUCGAAAGAGGAGGCAGAAACCUGAUCCUGACAUAACGAAACCGUUCAUCCUCAUACCAACCCCAAUUCCAUGUAUUUUCUCGUAGAAAUCCUCGUCAACGUCAAUGGUAACAAAAUUUUUCUGCGGAACGACGAACCGAAUCCAAAGGUGCUCCUAUUGAACUGCAGACCAUAAGAGUUGCGACAUCGUGAAAGUGACCCAAAAACACAGAGGAUGUUUGAAAAGUGGCAAACUCCCUUCAAGGACCAAGCCCACGCAUACACGGACCGACGCCAUCUUGCCUCAACAGAGAGACGGCAUCCACGAGGGAGAAAGCGAAGGGGCGAGGCGUCGCGGACCCCAAGCAUCCCAACGAGGCAGACACGAACUCAGACUCACGGGCGUUCCGAUCGAAAGUUCAGUCGGACUCUCGUGCUCUCGGUCGGUGCAGCCACAGCAAGCGUCCUUGCUGGGUGGGGCCGAGGCGAUAUGGGAUUUAGAGCGGCGAUAUGGGAUUCCAAGCGGCGAGAUGGGAUUCCAAGCGGCUGGGUCUGCGUCCAUGGCGGAAUGGGCUCCCGUCUGCCUCGUUUCCGGCUUUUGUAGAGGCAGAGGUACUUGCAGGUCGUGGACCUCGUCAGACUGGCAGACGUUUGCUGCAUAUACCAUACUUGUCCAGACGUUUAAACUUGUACGACCAAACCAAACCACGAUAACCAAACCAUGACUCAGAAGUACACUGUAGAUGGCGCCCAUGUUCCCCAGAACGUCCGGAACCCGUUAGGCAACAUCGGAGCGUAUGACUUAAUUGACGAAUCGAAUGAUUGAGGAAUUGAAGACGAUUUGAAACUAAGCAUGUGGGCGAUAGGUUUUAAUUUUGGAUCCUAGUUAACCGUAUUCAAUAAUUUAAUCAUAAAAAUAUUCGAUCGAUUCCAACAAAUAAUUAUUUCUCGUAAUUUAAAGGCCUAGAAAGCGAACCACACCACACAAGCACACGUCCCGGGCGAACGCUGAUCUGGACGUUAGAGACAGCAAUUUCAGUCUGUUUCCCGGAUUGAGAUUUCACGAAUAAGUCCCCCCACGGCACAUAUAGUUGAGAGAAUGAGUUCAAGAUCGCAGGGUGUCUCAGUCCAUCCGUAAUUUUGCUGAAAAUAGAUGCAGUUCUGAGCAUUUCCUCCGUUCGAUUCGAGUCUCCCCCAGCCGGGAUGGCUGGCAGCCACGCCUGUUCAAACGAUCGAGCACGUUUCAAAUUGCGUCAAACCCGCUUAUCAUUUAUUAUGGUUCCCAGAAAGAGGACUCCCAUGAGUAGGCAGAACAGCGAGAGGAUCUCCGGGCAACCUCGUUCCCUCGUAGCCGUAGUUUUAUCUUAAGGGUCCUUAUCGCAUCCUCGCCGCUCGUUGCAGUGGGGUAUGAGCCGCGUCACACUCACCGACCCGAGUCUCUCGUGCUGGGUGCAGCGAGUGAGGUGCGAAUCAGUUCGGGAAUCGAGAAAUGCCCAGAGCGUCUCAACGCGUGAAGGCGUUCAGCGAAGAUGAAUGCAACGUGCUCGUGGAGGAAGUGGGGAAAACCGCGGGGAAACCCUUGGUAUCCAUCACGGAUUCAUCCCCGCGAACGAUCCAAAGAAAGGCGUGGGAAGCCGUCGCGGACAGCAUGGCCAACGUGACGAGCAUCAGGAGAACGGGGGAGGAGAUCCAAGAAAAGUUCAAGCGAAUGCUGCAAUCCGCCGAGAAACGACAGAAAAACGGCGAACCGCUCUCCAGCAGGGAGACCCGAGUCCUCGAGUUGUGCGGAAGCGCCAAACAAGAUACGAUUCCAGCCGGGGAUCCAGGAUCUUCCUCUGAACAACCAUCGUGCUCUUCUGCCGCUGGCGGGAAUAGAAGAGACGGCGAAGACGGAAACCCUCCCGAGUCGUCCGGCGAAGGAAGACGCGGACGGAAGAGGCGCGCCUCCCCUCACCCUCCCGACGAUUCGGACGCGAAGUCGCGGAACGGAGAAGUCCCACAAGAAACGAAGCUGCUAAUGCAGAUGCUGAAAAUCCAAAGAGCGAUCCUGCGCGAAACGAGACGGAUCUCUUCGUCCUUGGCCAACCGCGAGGACGAGCACUCGGAUUCGGCGGAUACGGAGGAAGUCCAUUUCUGUUGA